AUGCACAAUCACGAUAUUGAAUAUUUUGCGGACUCGAAGUCCAUAAAUCCAAAGGCCAACUCGGACAGGUCAGGUCUGGAGAUGGUGAAAGAAGGUGUGAUGGUCACUCUCACCAAUGAGGAGAACCUUAACAUCAGAAGAAAGACCGAUAAAACGAUUCUAAUAAUCCUUACCUGGGUAUACUUUCUGCAGGUCUUAGACAAGGGCGUCUUAGGAACGGCUUCUGUUUUCGAUCUUCAGAAGGACACAGGUCUCGUCGGAAGCCAAUAUUCUCUGGUUUCGUCCAUUGCCCCUAUUGCGCAGCUAGCGUGGCAGCCAUUCUCCGCAUGGCUCAUUGUGAAGGUCCCGCCCCGUGUUUUGAUGCCAUCAAUGGUGCUCUGUUGGGGAAUUGCAGCAGCAAGUACUGCAGCAUGCAACAGCUUUGCGGGGUUGGUCACAGUUCGUUUCUUUCUGGGACUCUUUGAAGCCGGAUGCAUGCCUCUCUUUACCAUCCUCACCGGACAAUGGUAUCGUCGCGUCGAGCAACCACUUCGAGUUUCUAUUUGGAAUUCAAUGAACGGAACAGCGACUAUGGCAGCUUCUGCUUUGUCGUAUGGCCUUGGCCAUAUUGUCUCAGAUGUUUUGAGGCCGUGGCAAAUAAUCUUCCUUGUUGUUGGAUUAAUUACUAUUGUGAGCGCGCCCGUGAUUUAUUGGAAACUCGAUAACGAUAUCACGACCGCUCGCUUUCUUACUGAACACGAACGGAGACAAGGCGUGGAACGUCUCCGGGUAAAUAAAACCGGUUCCGCCUCCUAUAACUUUGACUGGUCCCAUGUUCUCGAAGUUAUCAUGGAGCCUAAAAGUUGGCUUUGGGUUAUCAUGGCCUUGCUGCCAAAUAUGGGAUCGGCGAUGACGAGUACCUUCGGCCCUCUUAUUGUCAAAGGUUUCGGGUUUGACGCCUACCAAACUUCAUUGCUCAACAUACCGUUUGGUGCUAUGCAAGCGAUCGUCAUCGUGGGCAGUUGCUGGGCCUCCUAUAAAUUAAGGCUAAAAUCCGCCGUUUUAAUCUGUUUUAUGCUCCCGGUUAUAACAGGCAUCACAAUGCUUUACGCGCUCCCACACGAAAAGGCCAACCAGGGACCGCUCCUACUAGCCUACUAUCUUUGUGCCUUCUUGUUUGCUGCAAAUCCCCUGCUUCUUUCAUGGGUCAUAGGAAAUACUGCCGGCGCCGCUAAAACAUCCACCACUAUGGCAUUUUACCAGGCUGGUACGUCCGCUGGAGCCCUAUCCGGUCCUCUUCUAUUCGCUGCUGAGCAAGCUCCAACAUAUCUCCCCGGCAUCCGAGCUGUUCUCGGGCUCUUUAUUGCUUUGGUUGGCUGCGUAAUGCUACAGGUCCUCAAUCUAGCCUUUUUAAACAAGCAACACCGAAAUAGGCGAAUCAGCAAUGGAAAAACUGCGGACAUCCAAGAUAGAUCCAUGACCCACGGGUUUGAGACGGACGGAAAGGUACCGGGGCCAAUUCUGACUGAUGCGGCACCAUUCGUGGACAUAACUGACCGGAAUAAUGACGAGUUCGUGUAUAUUUAUUGA